AUGCAAGGUCUUUGGUCUCGAACUGCCCUGUCGACAGGGUCAUGCCGGUGUGUCUCUUGUCUACGCAGCGGUUCCAAUGCUGUUGCAGGACAAGGACCCACGGCAGCCGGACGGCGCCGGCUCUACAUCGGGAAUUCCGUUACGCUCCUUUACUCCGCUCUUUUUGCAACAGCCAUGAUAUUUGACGCUGAUGCGAAAACUAAACGGCGUACUGAAUUGGAAAAGAAAAUCGAAGCCGUGAAAGAGGAGGUGAAGGAAUUGCGGAUUGAAGAAGCGCGGAUAUUGGAUGAAAUUGCUGCCCGGAGGAGAGUGAGGCAGCUUGCCCUUCCACUGCAGAGACGAGAAUACAGUACGUCUGCCGUCACUUCUCGACAGUCUUCUACGUCCUUUGAGGGGUUCCAGGAUGUAAACUCGUUUUCGGCCGGGCCAUUUGAAAACUGGGAGCCAUCCACGUUUAAGGAUCGUCCCGACAUGAUUACAGACGGUUUUGAAAUGGGGUCUGCUAAGAAGAGGGAACCGACUGACGAAGAUGAGCGUUUCUAUCGACAGUAUGAUUUGGCAGGGGAAGAUAUUCUGCGAGAGAGGGCAAUUCAGCUCUUAGCAAUACGGCAACUCGCCAUUAAGUUGCUCCUUCGUCCCAGUAUUGCUCAUUCCUAUGGCGAAGUUGUGGCGGAUUAUGGAGAACGCUUCGAUCAUCCAAGAUUUAGAACUCAAGAUUAUCUAGUCGAGUUGCACUUUCUUAAAAAACGGAUCACUCGGUUAAGGUUUUGGAGGGACGAAUCAUACGACGAUAUAGUUAGAAAUAUUACAGUUCGGGAGCAAGCGUUGCUCCAGCAGGAACGGCAGGAAUUACACAACAACCUCCAGGAGUCGUUUGCGUCCUUUGGUAAAAAAGCUGUAUCCCUCCAACGACUUCUUCUGAUUGUCUCAGAAAACCUGUUGGCUUCAGACGAACCGAUUUUACCGCAGACCGUCGAACUUAUGAUUACGCAAUUUACACGAGCUAAGCAAAAUGAUCUUGUGAAAAUGGUCAUUGAUUCUUUGUUUCCAAACAGGAUCAAGAUGACCCCUCCUAUCAUCGUUUCCGCGAUAAACUUUUUUAAUAAGACCAAGGAUCUCUUCGGUUUUGAUGGAUUCUUGCGUCUACUCCAAGGAGACAGCUUCCCCGUUAACAUACCCGUGUUAUGGGAGACUGUCAGGGUUGGAGACGUUCAAGUGACAGUUCCCCCAAAGCCCCGCCAUCCGUUUAUAAUGAAUGCUCUCAUUUCUGCCUCCCUGAGUUUUAAUCAACCCCAGAACGCCGACGCCUACCUCCAUAUCCUUCGCGAAUCUGGCUACAGCGAUGGGGCUCAAGUCUUGGGUUCUUACCUGAAAUUUUACAUGUUAUCGUCAAACUGGAGGAAAGGCGGGUACGUCCUACUCCGAUCUGUCGCUUUCAUUAUGUCAACAAAAGCACAUUUUGGAAACACGAUUCACCGCCUGAUUCUCUACAUGGUUGCUUUCUGCAAUGGCUGCGGGAAGGAUGCAUUGUCUGCAACCAUAGUUAAGGCUGCUGUAGAAGCUGGAAUUGAUUGGAGACCGAGCUAUAACAAGAAAGACAUUCAGAUUUCGGUUAAGAAGGCUUUGAGUCAAUGGACCAGGGCUGCUGAGCAUUCCUCAACUGACAUUCCAACUAACAUGUCUCUGGGAGAAAGAUGUUACGAGUUCGCCAAACAAAUUGAGCAACCAAUUCGGGUGUCAAUUAAUUAUAGUGAAAAUGCCCUCCGACGUAAUCUUCGGCUAGAGCAUGAAAGGGAGGAGAGUAGUUUCGAUGUGCGGCAUGCAGGUCAAGUUUCUGAAGCACAAAAUGGAAAACUAUCCACUCAUGCCAGCUCCUGUUCCGAUCUCCAUAAGCUAGGACCCUCCCAGACAAAACAAGCUCCGAAACUAGCUCAAAUGGUGCCCGAUUCCUCUAAUCAUUUUCCAGUCUACUAUACUAAAGCCGACAAGAAAAAUGGUGAAAAAGCCGUCCUGAGAUUCUCUCUAAGGAAAUCUUCCGAAGAACGGAUGGAAGCUUUACCAUCCACCGAAGAGAUAAGAAGAAAUCACUUCCAGGGAAAUUUUAGGUCGUUAUUCCAUUCGUUGGGAGUCUCUCAGAAGACAAUUAUGGACAUAAAACGGGAAAUACGUGAAUAUGAAUUUCGGAUUCGUGCUUCGGGAGAGCCAACCCAUACGGUCAAGAAGGAGUACUUCGGAGAGGCUUGCGGAUCAUUAUUCUAUUUGUUAGCGGUCUCUCAGAAAACUAUUGGAGACUUGCAGCGGGAAGUGGACGCAUAUGGACUCCGUAUUCGUGCUGCGUAG